AUUAUUGUUUUGUUACUUUAACUAUAUCUAUUUAUUUCUAUUGGACAAGUGUCACGAUUUGAUUAGUAUUAGAUACAUGUAAACAUGUAUAAGAAUCUUAUAACUUAUAAUUACCCCACAUGUCAUAAUACUGUAGAACGAUAAUUAAAAUAGUUAAGUUUAGAGAACAUUUCUAUUUAAAAUGAAAAAAAAAAAAAACUUUCACACAAGAUUCUCAAUUUCACAAGGAAUCCGAUCGCUUCUUCUUGACUCACCUUUUUUCUUUUAACCUCUUGAAACAAGAAAACAAGAAGACAAACUUGUUUCAUUAUAGAAAAUGGAAGAGGGGAACAAAACGGAGAAGAAAGGAUGCUUAAUCAGCGUCAUCAUUGUUUGCAUUGUUUUGACUGUAGGCUUUGAUAUCGUCGCUGGUUUCGUCGGAUUACAAGCCGAAGCCGCCCAACAAGAUGUGAAGCACAAUAAGCUCGAGUGUCAAGCUCCAAGCAAAACAGCUUUCGUGUUAGGGAUAAUCGCAGUGUCAUGUUUGGCAGCAGCUCAUCUCAGUGCCAAUGUGAUCGGAUGCUCUAUCUCCAAUCUAUUCCAAGCACUCGGCGCCUUACCUAAGAAUAAGAUCACUACAUACUUCAACAUGACAUGCCUUUGCAUCAAUUGGAUCGUAGGAAUAGCGGGAGCAUUGAUCCUUGCGGUGGGGAUAUGGUCGAACAGAGAAUCAAGAUCAGAAUGUGUAUUCACAAACAAAGUCCAUGUGUUUUCUAUCGGGGGUAAAGUGUGUUUCCUUCAUGCCAUUGUCUCUGUCAUAUAUUACGUAUCGUCUAUAGUAGCUAGGUGUGGUCAUUUUAACCGAACCGAACCGAAACCGACCGAACCAACCGAUCCAAACUGAACCAAAGUCUACACACAACCCAUUAAACUUUUCUACAACCCGAUUGGUUUGGUUGAACCGAACCAAACCAAUAACCCAAACUGUUUUUUAAUUUAUAAUUAAUCU